CUUCAAAGAGAACAAAUUCAAGAUACAUUCUGAAUCUUUGAACUUGUUGUGACUUUUCGUGGCUUGUUGAAAAUCACAUUUGUAUCAUUAUUGUAUUAUGAAUUUUAAAUUUCAUAUUUUUAAUGACAACUCUACAACAGAAAACCAUUUUUUCGCAUAAAUUUACAGAAUGGCUAAUUUAGCAGGUCCAGGAAGCAUUAAAAUGAAUAAUGAAGUGGAAUCCAAAAAAAUACAUAAUGCUUUAUCUGCAAUCGCUAAAGAAAUGCAAUCAUAUCAAAAUUCUGAAAGAAACGAUUCAAGCGAAGAUUACACGAUGCACGAAAAUAUAUUUCACAACCUAUUGAAAUACAAAACAACUUUGAAAUCAAAGAAUAAGACCAUAAAAAGUCUUAAAAAUAAAUUUAACACCACUAAUACUAAUACAGCCAUGAUUAUGAGAGAAGAAAACAGUGCUUUAAGCACAAGAAACCUAUAUACAACUAAAAGUGAAUGCGCUGAUGUUCGUCAAAAACAAAUUGAUACCAAUGACACUAUAGAUUUAUUGUUGAAGGAAAAUAAAAAUAUGAGUAAUGAAUUAGAGAACUUAGCGAAUUUCAUUGAGCUCUGUUAUAAAGAAUUGCAAACUAUUAGAAACGAAAAUUUCAAUGAUCCCUCGGUUAUUCAACAACUAAAGAAAAUCAUAAUAUGCUGUGGCCAAUAUUAUGCAGAUUCUCAGAACGAACGGAAAAAAAACAAACAACUCGAGCAAAAACAUUGUUUUUUGAAAAACAAACUCAGUAUAUUAGAUAAAAAUUUAGAAGCUGUUAGCGAAGAAGUUAAAUGUCUUCGACUUCACAAUAUGAGGUUGCAAAAUGAAAAUAGUAUCCUCAAAGACAAGAUGAAUAAAAUUAAUAACGUUAAUACUGAACGUCGAAGCAAGUCUGAGCAUCGAAUUCGCGAUAAAAGUGAGAAUAUUAAAAAUUCAACAAACAGUAUUUAUUUAUCACCCUGCUGCUUUGAUUUGAAGCCUCAUUUGAAGAUCGUGAGGAAGUUGCUGAACGAUCAAAAUGAAUUAAUUAAAGAUUUUAAAGCUAUGUCCGAUAUGUUCGUCGCUUAAUAACUUUUCGCAAAGAUGGUGGUUUUAACAAGCAAAUUAAAAAGUAUUAAUGGUAAGGAAAAGAAAAUUAAUUAGACACGUAUUUGAUGAUAAACAUACCACAAACCUUUUACGAAAUAAAUCGUUUUUCUAAA